AUGCUCACGCAGCCGUUCCUCCUCUGCUUCCUCGUUUUCGCCUCCAUUCUCGCCGUCACGAUGGCUGCGAAAGACGAUAAAAUGGAGGACACGACCAAAUUGGCGGCCGUCCCGACGUCUGUUUUCGCCGGAAUCGGUGAGUGUUCGGUGGAGCGCACUUGCAGCAUCCGUGUUUUUUCAGGCGCAAUCGUGUUGCUAGCCGCCCGCCAGCUCUUCUAGCGCACCGAUCAAUCAAUCAACCCCCAAGCCGACGAUGAUGAACUCUCCGAUUCGACAUUUAGAAUUUUGAGUAUGGAAUAAAAGUGUCCAUUUUUGUUUGACCCUUUGUGAACUUUUCGUGGCCGGAAACAACCGGAACGCCGAUAGCCCGUCGGGCGGAACGUUCAGUUCAAACGAUUCAAGGCUCCAUCGCUCCGUCGCCCUUCUCCUUCUCGUUCUGGCCUCCGCUUUCCUCGUUGCCAACGCGGCUACUGACGUAAAAGAAGCCGGCCGUCUACACCGGACUCGGUCAGUUUGACGCUCAAAAAACGAUGCGAACACGCUCGACCGCAGUGUUUUCGGUCUGAAAUUGAAUAAAAACGCAACUCGGACACUCGGCAACCGAAACGCUUCGCAUUUUUCGGAAAAUGUUAAAUAAAUUUGCAGGCGCCGCGGUGAUUCUCGCGAGAGGACUGUUCUAAACGGACGCUCCGCCACGCAUCCAGCAUCAAUUCGGAACAAAAUGACGAUCUACAUGAGAAGCCACGACAACAAAUAA